AUGCAAGCCAGAGGUGGAGGAACAGACGUAGUGGCAGAAAAGGUAGCCGACGGAAAUGCUGACAGACAGAUAGCUUCACCCUCGACGUGCAGUCCACUGUCGGCAGGUACGAAGGAAGCAAAGGGUCAAGGCGGCCUAGGAGCUGCUCGCGCCUCCCGUGCACGCCCCGCGGUGUACAGACACAGGGGAGUGCAGUGCCCAAGACAUCCUGACGAACCUGCACGCUUCGCCUGCCUGGACUGCAGAUGCGAGGUGCUCUGCGCGGCUUGUUACUCGGAGGGCCUUCACACGGAUCACGAGCUCGUCAAUAUUCGAACCGCCGUUCCUUCUGUCCGCAUGAAGAUGACGGAUCAAUACGUAAAACUCAAGCACCAGGCUCAAGAACUCGAGACCCUUAUUGCAUCGCUGAAGAGCAUUCAGAAGAAAGCUGCCAGAAUACACGCGGCUAAUGCACUCCAAAUCAAGGAGGCCUUUGAGUCCGUGAUUCGAUCACUUGAUCAGCGGAACGAAGCUGCACUUCGCGAAAUAGAUGUGGUGCGCAACGUGAGCGCUCAGAGCCUCAAGUCCUUGGAUGUAGACUGCCAGACUUUGCUCCGGUAUCUGCGGCUGAAGAAGCAGCAGCUGCUUCAGCUGCACACCCUUGCUGCACACAGCCCAGUCUUGGCCCUCAACUCGUUUGCGGAGAUCGCUCCCACCAUCGAGGCAGUGGAACAGAAAAGUGACUUUUUGGCGGAUAUGCGGGAGAGGCUGCGCGUUCCGCACUGGCAGCUGCGAGUCUUUGAAAUCGAUUUUCUCCUGGAGGAUCGGCAGACCGUGCGUCUCUUGUGGCUUAGAAAUAGACAGUUUUUCACGGCCUUGCAGGACCUCUCUUCGCAAAUCAACACGCACUGUGAACACGCGACGCAAGCGGUAGACUCCUUCCUGAGCAUCGAGCUGCCUCUGGAUGGGCCGCCAGCAGAGCACAGAGAAGCUGACAAGCUCCCAGAAGUUGUCUUGAGGUUUGGAGCUUGGGGAGAUUUCUCUUCCUUUUUAGAAAGGCGGCCUGGCACGCCCUUCCUGCCCAUCAGACACACAUGGCGGCUCGCCGAGAGAGUGCUGCUGCUGUUGCUGCCUCUGUCUGCUGUGUGCCUGCUCUCAGCUCCCGACAAGGUUCAAGCUUUCGUGCGAAAAGACGCGCUGCAUCCCGUGUGGGAAGUGCGCGUGGUGUCGCUUCGAGGCCCCUACCUGUGUAUACACCAGUCAGAGGAAGAUGCGAAUGCGCCUGUUGAGAGCGUUGUCGUGCUUGGACACAACACCUUUGCGAGAACCUUUGCUGAUCCCGGCAUAACUGCCCUGGCGGCUGUCGCAAAGAAGGAUUAUCUCCAUGGCAUUGAAGUCGUGACGGUGGAUCUCCAGGCAAAGGAGCUCCAAAACUUUGUUCUCUUGGCUGCCGACGGCCAGCUCCUCUCGGAGGAAUGGGCGCUUGCCAUCGAGGAGCUGUGUUCGGACGGCAUGGAGACAGAGCCGGAGGCUCCUGGUCAUGAUCCCAAGCUCUCUUUAGAGGACUUGCACCUUGAAGCGGCAGAGGCUUCUUUCCCAGUGUCGCACCGUCGCAAGGCAGCCCACCUCCCCACGGGGUUGGGGGGAGACAAGGACGAAGGGGUGUCUCCUGAGGCCUCUUUGUGGGGUGGGGAGACGGCUGCAGGGUACGAGCGGUCGAACGCUUCUACUGACUCCUCAGGCGAAGCAGCAGCUCGCGGCACCCUCGUCAGCCGUCGAGACAGGCAGGGAAGCAGCUUGGGACUGAGUGCGUCGGAUACAGACGACGCCGAAGCGGAGUAUGAAGAGGCCCUCAUGACCGUUGCAGCUCCUCAGAAGCCGACGAUUCAGAGGGACGAAAGUGGCCACUGGGAACGAGAUGCAGUGCCGGGAGAUCUUUAUCAGAGGAGGCGCAUACGAAGGGGGGGGGCAGGGGGAGGCAGGAGCCUUGCGCAGCAGAGAGGACACUCCACGACAAGAGACGAAGCCGACUCCGGAGGCAGCAGCAGCGCUGGCAGCGCUGAGGACAGGUUCGCGGAAAGCACUUGGAAGACGCGAAGCGGGAGAGGUGGUCGCUCAGAGGGGGCCUUCCAUGCUUCAGGCAGCGGGGGGGGAGGCGCUGCAAACAGUGUGCUAGAAGGCAGAGCUAGAUUGGUGCACCGCGUCGAGGUAGAGCCGCAGAUUGAUAAAAAGCCUCCAGUCCAAGAAGAGGAUAUUCAGACCAAACGCCGUGUACAAGAUAGAGUUCGGGAACUUGAAGCCCGCAUUUCUCCUCCGAAAGUUCAGCACGACAUCCAGCAUCAUCAGUCCCCGCCAGACGAGGACGCUGAGGCAUUGACGCCUCCCCCAGACACAAGUACUCUCGACUUGGCUGUCGUCUCAGCGCAUUCAGAAGCCGACGCACCGGAUAAAACACAUGUCGCUGGCAGCCGUACCACCAGCUACGAGGAGGACAGAAGGGCCAGCAAGCCGCCUGCGAGGCAACUGCCAGCGUUCCUGAGAGAGCCGCAGGUGGGAGACUCGCCUCCAGAAGGCGAGUCUAACCAGCCGCGAAAUCGUCGCCUUCAAGAGCCGCCAUCACACCCUGCGGCAACGAUGACGAGAGGGACCUCAACAAGAGCUGUCGCCCGUCUGGCGAAAGCUCGCACCCUCCGUGCCGAACAUGCGGCGCCUCCUGUUGCUAGCGCUACUGCUCAUGCUGCUGGUUCAUCACCACUGGCCACCCCUUCACGGUGUGAAGCUUCGCUGAAAGACUCCGGACCGAAGAGACAGCAAGCUCCGACAGUCGCUCCCUUUCCAGGGGAAUCAAGGCGGCGUCCACGUCUCCCCCAGGAGGAAGACGCGGAGGAGUUCGUGAAGGUGCGAAUGCCACCACGUAAUGCAAUUCCUGCCUUCGAAAUCGUCAGAGAAUCGUCGACAGCCCCUGGAGAAACUUCCGCUGCUGACACCGACUCCGCUGCAAACGUGCGCGUCGUAGCGCCCACGAGAAUUCGCAAGGUGUCGGUACAGCGAGACCCCCCCGGAAGGACCCCCUACGCGACGGAAGCGCCUACGACGCCUACGCCAACAGCGGCAACACCAGUGGGUCGAGGCAGACAGGGACGAUUCGUCACCCAAACGACUGCUGCUGGAGCUAGCUAG